CCCUAUGGCAACUUAAUAACUACUUUUUUCACAGUUUCUCAUUUCUCGUCAAACAAGCACAUAUAGUUUUAACAGAUACAUACACUUUUUCGCAUUUUCCCUUUUUUUACUUCAUUUCUAACAGAAAAAUAUUGAGCUCCGGCGUAUUUUUUCAGUUACUUGCGGGGAACUGUUGUAAUUAUUUUUGACAAUUUACUGGCAGAUAAUGGGGAUUUUUUCUUCGUCUCUGAGCUACAAGGAUGACAUGGUGUUGAUGCGUACUUUGAACAUGCAGUUCGAUGGCUACUCCCGACGCACGACUGAAAUCGACACGUCAUCCGACGAACUGCUGAACCGACUGAGCAAUAGUCUCAAGCAGCAGGCCACUCGGGUCAUGGACGAUAACUACAGGAACCUUCAGAAGAGGUUUAGUGCGGUGCAGAGGCUGAGCGUGAAGGGGGGCAAAGAUGGAGCUGCGGAUUAUGAUGUAAUAGUGAAAGAGAUUGAGUUCUACUUUGUCAACUUCCUAGUCUCCAAGGAACAGACGAAGAGGAUGGAGAGCAUCAAUGGACUGGCCGAUAGCUGUCUGGAGAACUUCGUCCUCACUCAGUUGGGUAAAGACAGUGGGGGCAUCUUGCUCACUAUACGCACUGACUCCUCCCCCGAGGCACGCAACAAGGCUGCCAAACAGCUGGUUGAAGAGGGAAAAAAAGAAUCGGGGAUUGCAUCAGCCUUGCAGAAGUACCUGGACAGAACACAGGAGUUGGGACUUGCAAUGGUGGACAAAAUGUGUGAGGUGGUCAAGGCCAGGAAUCUAGUGUCGUGAAAAAAACAUCCAUAGACUCGAUAAACGAGAAACAACCUCACGCUAAUAUUCUUUCGAGCGCUCAUAAACCUCAUUUAUGGAUUGGACUUUUUAUUUCGACGAGUUCAUUACCUUCGCAUUACAUCCUUAAUUUUUAAUCAUUUUUUCCUUUAAAGAAUAUCAUUCCGACAUAUCGUUGAAAAUAAAAUAUAUUCCUUGAACAA